AUUGCAGUAGUGCUGCUCUGCUCUCCCUCCCUACUGUGAAUCUGACAAGCCUGCCUUCUCUCGCUCAACUCCACUAUUGCUUUGCUCACCAGCCUGUUUAAACCUGACAGGGACACCCACACUUCUCUCCGCUCCGAUGUUCUACCGUUCCACUCUACUAGCAGUUCCUUAUCUUUGUAUUGGUGUUGGAAGCGUGGAUAUUCCCUGUUUUUGUGAAUGGGCAUCCGAUGCGAGGUAGUUGUGACUGUGAAUGUACUGACUGACCGACUGACUGACUGACUGACUGACUGAAGGACGGACUGACUGUCAUCUCUGGGUACUCUACUCUGAAGAAGCAAUGUGGCAGGCCACUGGACAUCACUGGUAGACUUGGAAUAAUAAACAAAAAAAGGAAAGGAAGUAAUUAAGAAGUAAGAGAAGGAGAGGAGAGGAUGGCCCACACAGAGGAUGACCUGAUUGGGAUUCCGUUCCCCAACCACAGCAGUGACGUUCUGUGCUGUCUCAACGAGCAGCGCCGCUCCGGGUUACUCUGUGAUGUAGUCCUCGUUGUACAAGACCAUGAGUACCGUACCCACCGCUCGGUCCUUGCCGCCUGCAGCCAGUACUUCAAGAAGCUCUUCACCGUGGCCUCUGACGGAAGGGACCAGCAUGGGGUGUUUGAGAUAGACUUUGUGGCCCCCGAGUCGCUGACUGCAAUCUUGGAGUUUGCUUACACAUCCACGCUGACGGUGACGGCGUCCAACGUAAAGGAGAUCCUUGGAGCGGCUCAGAUGCUGGAAAUUCCCUGCAUCAUCAACGUGUGUCUGGAGAUUAUGGACUCUGGUGAGGGAGGAGGUGGAGGUGGAGGAGGAGAGGAGGAAGAGGAGGAGGAUGUAGAAGAAGAGGAGGAAGAUGAUGAAGAGGAGGAUAAAGACAUGGAGGAGGAUGAUGAGUCAAGGAAGGACGAGCAGGAGGAUAACGAGGAGGAUAAUGCCAGUGAGAGGUCAAUGAGGUCGUCAGAGAGUCAGGACCAGGUCGGGUCAGAGAGAGGAGCAGCUCUCAGUCCACCCAAUACCUCCCAGUACCGGCAGCAGUACGAGCUGCAGCAGAAUGAGAGGAAGUGUCGGGACACAGACUCUCAGUGUGAGAAAUCCCGGCAGGAGCAUGAGAGCAUGGAGAGCCGAGCCCUCAAAGACUUUUCCAUUGAAUCCCUGCUACAGGAAGGGCUAUACCCUAAAAUGCCAUCAGUCCUGGACAGGAGGGCUAACUUUUCCCCUCUGCUCCCCGGCUUCUACCCUCCCAUGUGGGCCGCAGAUUUCCCAGGUUUUCCCCAAAAGGAUCUAGACCCCAACCACCAUGCCCAGACUCCCCGCCCCUCCUACCCGCCCCAGCUGGACAACAGACCCCUAGACCUAGUUGUGAAAAGAGAGAUCAUCAAGGAGGAGCUAAAGGAGGAAGUCCCGCCCAGCAUGCUGCAUGGGGACUUCCUGAAAAACUUCCUGAAUUCCGGCCUAUCAGGGAUGGGAGUUGAGAUGGGGGUGGUACGGUCCGAGGGGUCUCACCUCCAUCUGGGCCAGAUAAAGGACGAGGCAGACUUCCGCUCCUACAUGGGCUUCCUGAGCACGUCAAGCCACCUGGGGGCGCUGUUCCCUCCCUGGCAGCUGGAGGAAGAGCGGAAGAUGAAGCCUAAAGCCUCCCAGCAGUGUCCUAUAUGUAACAAGGUGAUCCAGGGGGCAGGGAAACUACCCAGACACAUGAGGACCCACACAGGAGAGAAACCAUACAUGUGCACCAUCUGUGAGGUGCGAUUCACCAGGCAAGACAAACUGAAGAUCCACAUGCGAAAGCACACAGGCGAGCGCCCCUAUAUCUGUCUUCACUGUAACUCCAAGUUUGUCCAUAACUAUGACCUAAAGAACCACCUGCGUAUCCACACAGGGGUGCGGCCCUACCAGUGUGAGCACUGCUACAAGAGCUUCACACGUUCAGACCACCUGCACCGCCACAUCAAGAGGCAGAGCUGCCGCAUCUCACGCCCUCGACGGGGCCGCAAGCCGGCCGCUUGGCGCUCAGUCAACAACUUCCUGCAGGGCCCUCCAUGCUCGGCCAAUCACCACGAGGGCGGCAAGACGCUGACUGAGAGGUCGGGCGGAUGCCGGCUUCUGCCCUCCCAUGGGGGAGUUAGAGGUCAAAGUCUGAGCCUUGGGGAGAGAGAAAGACGGGACCUGGGUCUGGGUGGUAAGAACCUGAGUUAUAAGGACUUGGACAGUGACAGCAGAGAGAGCAGAGAGAGCAGGGAGAGUCGGGAGGCUCGGCACCGGUCAGACAGGAAGCAAGUGGUGGACGAGGUGGAGAUGGAGAGACAGAGGGGCGUGUUCACCUUUGCCCUGGCAGGGCCUGGGGAGGAAGUCCUUACCCACCCUCCAUUUUACAUCCCUGACCCCUGGACCAUGAGACUGGAGAACCACACCCCUAAUAUCCCUGAGCCGGCAAACUAAACAUUUUCCAACUGACACUUCCAAAUGAUAGCUAACUGACACUUCAUUUCAGAGUUCUAAGAAUCGCACAGAACAGAGAGAGUUCUCUGUCUGGUAGAUUUCCCACCUGCUGUUUAGAGAUUUAAGGGGAGUGAUGUCUGGGAACAUAGGUAAAUAGCAAACAGGGUAAAUACUUGGAAAACAGUUGAUGUUAAACAUCUCAGAUCAAAAUCUUUUGAGCUGCCAUCUUUACAAUCGCAAGGAUUUUGAUAAAAACUUUUCAUUUGGAGAAGUAAAACUACAUAUAAAAUACAUUUUAUAUGUUCCAAAAGUACUAAAUUGAAAAACAUUAAUACUCUCAGGACAUGAAAUAACUGUUUAUUUUUGGAUUAUUAAUGUAAACGUGUAAUUCAUAGUGUAAUUAAUUAAAACUUUUUUUAACUAGGCAAGUCUUAUUUUCAAUGACAGCCUAGGAACAGUGGGUUCAGGGGCAGAAAGACAGAUUUGUACCUUGGGGGUUUGAACUUACAACCUUCUGGUUACUAAGUCCAAUGCUCUAACCACUAGGCUACCCUGCUACCCCACUAGGCUACCCUACCCUAACAUAUGGCAAUACGUUGUUUCCUAAAUUCCCAGUCUAUAAAUGAAUAAACUGAUAAGCUACAAACUACGGAUUCCAAAUGUACCCAAAGUUUCAGACUUUGGGUACAGUGCAAAUAAACAGGGUAGUCUAAGCCACCGAAGAACAUUCAAAACCAUGAGAAAUUAUUCACUUGACAAAAAUAAUCUACAUCGAAAACUUGUUUUUACCCUUGUAAUGCAUUGUUCUCAGAUUUUGUCUGCACUAUUGUAAAUAUAUACAAAUGUUUUAAAGAAUUUGACCAUAGUUAUGUUGAUUAUUGUUGUAUUAUAUUUGUUGUUGUUUUUUAUAGUUGAUAACCCCUCCAAAGAUGUGGAGUUUGAUAUUGCACAAACUUGAAUAAGCCUUGUGUUACAUUGCAUACAGUAUGUUCUGUGUUUCUUCUAAAGACCAUGUUGUGUAAAUAAUUUGUGAAACAGAUAGAUUAUUGCUUUAGCUAUGUCACCUGCUGGUGAUUUGAUUGCUGCAGUAAGACAUUUAAAAGGGGUUUCUACCCUAUUUUCAUAUACAGUUUGUUUUCUGAUCUGUGUGUAAAUGUUGUUAUUCACAAUUAUUUGAAUUGAAAUGGGAAACUAUUUUCUUGGUAUUUAUGCAUAUUUAAAUUAGCCUUGGCUAUAUUUUGCAAAUAUGUUGUUUUAUAAAGACACUAAAUGUUGUACUCCCGUGGGUCUGGGAGUUUAAAUUCUGGUUUUGUGUGUGUGUGUGUGUGUGUGUGUGUGUGUGUGUGUGUGUGUGUGUGUGUGUGUGUGUGUGUGUGUGUGUGUGUGUGCCCAGUGAGCGUGAGAGAGCGCGCUUUUGGUGCAAAUCUUUCAUAACUGGAAUUAUGGUUUGGAUGCCAUUUUAGAGAACGACACUCAACAUCCUCAAUCAUCUAUUGAGCUAUAGCUUGUAUUCAAACAUCAAUAUUAUAAUCACUGUCUUCAUAAAAGCAUACACAACACCUCGACGUUGCUAUCAAAAUAAACUGGUGAUGAUAAUAUCACCAUGAAACAUCAAAUAAAUUGGAUGCCUUGACAUUGUAAAGAUUUUACAUAAAUGUAUACUUUUCCAAAUAAAUUAGGGCUAUGGAAUUUUGACAUUUAAAGAAUGUUAUUUGAUUGUUGGAUAAAAAUAUACUUGCAUUAAACGUUUAUAAUGCUGUAAAACAGUAUUAUGUUGAACACUUUAGUUAAUGUUCUUUACAGCUGGUCUUCUUCGUCUGAAUUUAUUUGACUGUGCAAAUAGAAGUUCAUCCCUUAUAUUUUUAUUUUUUUAUUUCACCUUUAUUUAACCAGGUAGGCUAGUUGAGAACAAGUUCUCAUUUACAACUGCGACCUGGCCAAGAUAAAGCAAAGCAGUGUGAACAGACAACAACACAGAGUUACACAUGGAGUAAACAAUAAACAAGUCAAUAGCACAGAAUAAAAAAUAAUAAAUAAAUAAAAAUAUCAAGCUCUCAUUGUCUCACUGCAAAAUUACAUGUUUGUCCAUGUUUCUCCAAAUUUUGAUGUGUUCGUUGACACCGCACUGCCUGUCACUGGGAUUGAUCCUGAGUGCUAGAAAAACCCAAGCCUACUUGAUGGUAAUAGUGCUCACCAUUGAGUUGGAAAGGCAAGUCUUAAUAAAUGCCUAAAGUGAACCUUGGAGUUUAUAUGUUUUAAUCCUAUCCCAUCCUAUCCUUAAUUUGACCAAUCGGAAUGGAUGCCUGACUUGUUAACCAAUUAGAAUUAAUGCCUGAAGUUAACCCUAGAGUUGUUUCUGUAGCCCAACCCUUAAGCAGCAGAGUCCUGUUUUAUAGACCUGGGUUCCAUUCCAGCUUUUUGCCCCUAAUGGAAGAUUUUGCAGGGAGUUUCCUUAUGUCUUGAGGACCUUCAAAAACAUCACAUUUCGACUUGAACCUGGAGUGAUCUCACUGGAUAUGCAUGUAACUGUGACUCCCUAUAGAGGUCUGUGCAGGACUGAUUAAAAGCCAAUUUAUAAUUGAUCAAAAAAUGUGGCCAGAGGCUUUGUAUGUGAUGCAAUUGUGGAGCCUCCGCCAGCAUGCAGAAACCAAAUCAACCUCCAUACUGCAUCCCUGUGCGCCUCUCAAACUUUAUUAGAGGAGCUGCAUGGUCAAUCUAACAUCUGCAUUGGCAGUGCAGCAUUUACGAUGAUACGGGCUCUGCAGAAGUUAUGGCAUUCAUACUUCGUGCGCUUUGCAGAACAGCGCAGAGCUGUUGAUCUGAGCUGUUGUGAAGGAAGUGAGUUUGUGUUCAUACAGGACCUCCCGCCCCCACCUACAUGUCAAUGUGGGGGUAUAUGGAGCCCUACACAUUGUUACAAAAUUUGGGAGUCUGUCACUUAUACUCCCUCUUCGGCCUCUCGGUCAUCAGGCUGCUGAUUAUCCCGCACACCUGGCACCAUCAUCUCGUGCACCUGCGCCUCAUGAUCCUCCCUGUAUCUGUCACUCCCCUUGGUUCUUUCCUCAGGUGUUAUUGACUCUGUUUUCAUGUCGGCGCGUUGUUUGUGUUUCGUGUUCAUUGUUUCUUUUAUUUAUUAAAACAGUCACUCCCUGAACUUG